AGCAAAAGCACUCAGAGCCUCUCCUGCAGCUCUCCAGCCACAGCCACAGCCACAUGCAGACACCUUCCUAACCCAGCGCCCAAGCCAAACCAGGGGGGGUGGGAGGGCGGGGGGUGCAUCUCAGAUACAUGCUAGCUCUCUAGCAGCAAACCAACUCUUUCUCUCUCUCUCUCUCUCUCUUUCUCUUUCCCUCUCUUUCUAUCUCUUCUUUUUUUGUUGUUUUCUUUUGUGUGUGUGUGUGUGUGUGUGUGCGUGUGUUUUGGAAAGCGAUGUCUUAUCCUCAGGGUUAUCUGUACCAGCCGGCUGGCUCCUUGGCUCUCUACUCGUGCCCGGCGUACAGUGCCUCGGCGCUGACCGCCCCAAGGAGCGAUGAGCUGGGCAGAGCCUCGUCCGGCUCGGCGUUCAGCCCAUACGCGGGCUCAGCAGCCUUCACAGCCCCCUCUACAGGCUUCACUAACCCGCUUCAGUACUCAACUGACCCCGCAGCUGGAUUCCCGUCCUACAUGGGAUCUCCGUAUGAUGCUCACACGGCAGGGAUGGCCGGGACCCUCAGUUAUCACCCGUACGGUAACGCUGCUUAUCCAUAUCAGCUGAACGACCCAGCCUACAGGAAAAACGCCACCCGAGACGCCACGGCCACUCUGAAAGCCUGGCUGAACGAGCACAGGAAGAACCCUUACCCCACCAAAGGGGAGAAGAUCAUGCUGGCCAUCAUCACCAAGAUGACCCUGACCCAGGUCUCCACCUGGUUCGCCAACGCCCGGAGAAGGCUCAAGAAGGAGAACAAGAUGACCUGGGCUCCGAGGAACAAAAGUGAAGACGAGGAAGAGGAGGAAUUAGGAGAGAGUGAAAGGAACAAGCAGGAAAGUUGUGAAAAAAGCCACGACCACAACGAAACUUCGGUGGAGGAUGAAGGGAUUAGUUUGCACGUCGACACCCUGACUGACAGUUCCUGUUCUCCCGAGUGCGGAGGGGAGAAAGCGAACAGAGUGGACGACAGCGUCUGCGAAUCGGGAUCCGAAACCAAGGAGAAAUGCGACAAUUGUGCUGCGGACGACGAGGAUGUCGAUGAUGCGGAUGAGAGCGAUGGCGACGAGGAAGAGAGAGACCUGACUCGGAAAGCUGUGAGAUCCUCGCCCCUCACCGGGGUGGAAGCCCCUCUCCUUCACGUUCAAGACGACGAGAGCUCGGGGAGUGUAAACAAAAACAGCCUGAGCAGCAUCACCUCCCCGGCCUCACACACUCAAGCCAACAAACCCAAACUUUGGUCCUUAGCAGAAAUCGCCACCUCGGAUAUAAAACAGCAGAUCGGACAGAUUUGUUCUUCAUCGUCGACCUCAUCGUCAUCUUCCUCAAGCCCUACCUACCCGGCCACUUCAAUUCUUGGCAGACCCAUUUACUACACUGCCCCCUUUUACACUAACUACACGAACUACGCCAACUUUAAUCAUCUGCAAACCCAAGGCAUUCUGCGGUACAGCACCAACGACUCUGUCUUAAACACUGCUUCCAUACACAAACAAAGCACUGACUCUCUAAAAACUGCGAGCUCCCAGCUGGACCAACACUUCAGGGCCACGGCUUACGACUCCAAAAAAGACCCCAGCGAUGUCUGCACAGUAGGAGUGCAACCAUAUCUAUAGAUGUUUAAUCAGCAGUGCAAGUAGGUGUCACAAUUGCUUUGAAAAUAUCAGCGAGCCAUCCCCCCCAGCUAUUAAGCAAAAAAAAAUGUAUAUAAUACCGGAUCACAUCUUGUGCCACUGUAUAGAGAAUACCCACAGAGCACUAUUUUAAUUCCACAGAUCAUGUUAAUUUAAAAAAAAAGUAAAAUCCGUGCAAACAUAUCUGUGCAUUUGUUAGUUACAAUAAUGAUUCUUCUGUAUAUGUGACUUUGGAUAAUGUGUUCUCAGGUUCUCUUCACUUGAUCCGUUUAUUUGCCACGUUCUUGGUGUAAUGCGGCUUAUUGUAAAACUAUUUGUAGAUAUACAGUAGAACAAUGUGAUUGAAGAUCUUGAGUAUCUGAAAAAGUGGAAAACAUUUGAUAUUUAUUUUUGUAAUGACGACAUAAAGCUUCUAGUAAUUUAUGCAAGUUGUAUUGCAAUGAAAUCUGAACAUUUUGUAAAUAAAUCUGCUUGUUUUUUUUGAAACGUGAUGACAGUUACAAUCUGUUUGGUUGUUAUAAGGAUUCUUUACUAAUUUAUAUCUUUAAAUGUAAAUAAAAUUGACUAGUCUGCAACUACAAUUUGUUCGAAAUGUUGUUUGAAUUAUUAGUAUUUCAUUUCAGAGGUUUAUUUGACGUUAAAUUUUAUUUUAUUUCGCGUU